UGUUGCGGUAAGAAUUAAUCAGUGAGACUUAUCUUGGCCCCUUGCCAGAAGAAACCACUGGUUUUACUCAUAUAUCUCUGCAUACUUUCUCUAGUACUCAUUCCUUAAUUUCUCAGACAAAAAUAAUGGUCGCAGUGGGAGAGCUCAUUCUUUCUUCAUUCCUUCAAGUGUUGUUUGACCGAUUGGCGUCUUCUGAGUUGCUGCACUUUGCUUGCCAAGAAGGACUUCAAGAACAGCUGAAAAAGUUGGGCGAAACGUUGACAAGAAUUCGUAAGGUGCUUGAUGAUGCAGAGGAGAAGCAACACACUGAAAGGUCGGUGAAACAUUGGCUUGAUGAUCUCAGAGACUUGGCCUACGACGCGGAAGAUAUAUUGGAUGAGGUGGCCACGGAAGCAGCUUUGCGACCCACGUUGAUGGGUGACAAUCAAGCUAGCCCCAGUAAGGUACGGAAGCUCGUCACUGCUGUGUUUACUAGUUUAACUCCAAGUGCUAGGAUCAAGACUAGGCUGGGGUCAAAAAUAAACGAUAUCACUGCUAAAUUUAAUGAUCUCGUGACACAAAAAGAUCAACUGAAUUUGAAGGAAAUUGUUAUAAGUUCGAGGCCAAGCAAAAGAACAGAGUCAACUUCUCUGGUGACCAAAAAGCGCAUCUACGGUAGGGAGGAAGUCUUAGAGGCUGUACUUCAAUUAUUGAAAAGUGAUAGUAGUGAUGCCUUGACUGAAGUGAAUGUGAUUCCUAUAGUUGGUAUGGGCGGCAUCGGAAAGACAACCCUCGCCCAGCUCGUUUACAAUGAUGAAAAGGUUGAGAGCUUUUUCGAUCUGAAAGCAUGGGCUUGUGUUUCGGAAAAUUUUGAUGUUGCUAUAGUUACAAAAACAAUUUUACAAUCUGUGACUUCAGAAAACUGUGACGGCAAAGAUCUAAAUUGGAUGCAAGUCAAAUUGAAGGAGACAUUAGUUGGGAAAAAGUUCCUAGUAAUUCUUGAUGAUGUUUGGAAUGAGAAGUACGAUGACUGGUUUCUCCUACGUACCCCUUUUGAAGCAGGGGCUCCUGGAAGUAGUAUUAUCGUCACAACUCGUAAUCAGGGAGUAUCAUCACUGAUGGGAACCAUUAAAGUACCUUUUCAGUUGGGGUUGUUGCCAACUGAUGCUUGUUUGUCCAUAUUUUCCCAACAUGCAUUGGAUGCAGAAGACUUUAGUGCGAAUCCAGACCUUAAAGAUAUUGGGGAGGGAAUUGUUGAAAGGUGUAAAGGCUUGCCUUUGGCUCUAAAAACUGUUGGAGGCCUGUUAGGCGGUACAAAAGACCGCAAUGAAUGGGAGAAAGUUUUGAAGAAUAAGAUAUGGGAUAUACCAGAAGAGAGAAGUGGAAUUGCUCCUGCUCUUAUGUUAAGCUAUCACAAUCUGCCUUCAGAUUUAAAGAGGUGUUUUGCUUAUUGUUCUAUACUUCCCAAAGAUUAUGAAUUUAAGGAGGAGGAGGUGGUUCUACUUUGGAUGGCAGAAGGUUUGAUUCAGCCAGUUGACGAAAUGGAAGAUUUGGGUAGCGAGCAUUUUCGCAAUCUGUUGUCAAGGUCAUUUUUCCAACAAUCCGGCUUUGAUAAAUCACGAUUUUUAAUGCAUGACCUCAUCAAUGAUUUGGCUCAAUCGGUUGCAGGCGAGACAUGCUUUAGAAUGGAAGAUGAGGUUGGGGGUAGUCAGCAUGGGAAUCGCCCUAUUAUAAAGGCACGCCACUCAUCUUACUUGGGUAGCCGAUAUGAUGUUGCUAAAAAGUUUGAGGUUUUUUCUGAACUCUUUAGUUUACGUACAUUCUUACCUCUCAUGCUACCACAUCGAGGUCGUUGUUAUUUGGCUCGUCAUGUUUUUCUUGAAUUGGUUCCAACGUUACGAUGUUUAAGGGUGCUAUCUUUCAAAGGAUACUGGAUCACUGAGCUAUCCGAUUCUAUUAGUGAUUUGAAGCUUCUGCGGUACCUUAACCUUUCGGAAACUCAAAUUAAAAGCUUGCCUGAAUCAAUAGCUACUCUCUACAACUUGCAAACAUUGUUGUUGGAGAAUUGCUAUUUUCUGGAGAAAUUACCUUCAAUGUUAUGCAAAUUGGUCAACCUGCGGCACCUCAAUAUUGAAGGUACAAAUUAUUUGGAAGGAAUGCCUGUGCAAAUAGGUAAAUUAAGUCGUCUCCAAACACUGUCUAAUCUAGUUGUGGGAAAAGACAAUUGCUCAGGGUUAAAGGAGCUUGGGCCUUUGAAGCAUCUUAAAGGGAAACUUCACAUUUCAAGAUUAGAGAAUGUGAUUGAACCGAAGGAUGCAAAGGAUGCUGAAUUAAUUAAAAAGAUGAAAAUCAGUGCGUUGUCGUUGGAAUGGAGUCGUCGGUUGGAAUGGAGUCGUCGCAUGGAUGAGUCGAAAGACGCGACAAGUGAAGUACUAGAGAUACUAAAUGGGCUACGGCCCCACGCCGACACUUUGACGGAGCUAUGUAUAAUUAGUUAUGGUGGUACCAAAUUCCCUAAUUGGUUAACACCUCCUUCAUUUCCUCAUAUGGUCUCCUUGAGAUUAGAAAAUUGUUACAAGUGCACCUCAUUACCUCCACUGGGGAAAUAUUUGCCAUCACUCAAAAAUCUUUGGAUCAUUGGCAUGGCUAACGUGAAGAGUGUUGGUCCUGAAUUUUGUGGCGGUAAUUGUUUCGCACAAUGUUUUAGAUCCUUAGAGACUUUGCAUUUCUAUCACAUGAAGGAGUGGGAGAAUUGGACUCCUUGUGAAGAAUUCCCAAAUCUGCGUGAGCUUUCCCUUAUAAGAUGUUGGAAGCUAUUAGGGAAGUUACCAAACAACCUUCCUUUACUAAACAAAGUUGAGAUAAUUGGUUGUGCGCAGUUGGUGGUCUCACUUUCAUGCUUUCCAGAUAAAUGCAAAUUUAACAUUAAGAAUUCCAGAGGGCCUGAUAUGGAAGGGGUGGUGUGUGGAAGCAAGGUUACAAUCAAAAACAUAGGAUUCGACAGAUCACUUUCAACAAUUUCAAAUGAAGGGCUUGAGUUGGACGGGUUAACUAUUAAUGGAUGUUAUGAGUUGACGAAUUUGUGGUCAGACAACAUGGGGUCACUGCCACAUCUCUUAUUUCUGAGUAAUCAAGAGCGUCUCCAACUCAGAAUCAAAUCUAUUUCUAUCUACAAUUGCAUAGCCUUGGAAUCAUUACCCAAGGCAUUGAUGUACAACAACACGUGUCUUCAAUCUAUGAGUAUCAGCUCUUGUGAUUCGCUAACGCAUUUUGCAAGAAGCCAUCUGCCUCCAACUUUAAAGUGGCUUAAUAUACGGAGCUGCAAGAGUAUGAGGAAUUUGGUGGAGAAUGAUGAUACUGAUACAAACAACAACGGUAGUUGCAGUAGUGGCAUCACAUCUCUUCUUGAGGACUUGUGGAUUAGCAAUUGUCCAUCCCUUGAAUUCUUAACAUCAAGCGGAGAAUUACCUACCACACUUCAACGCCUCAACAUUAUCGAUUGUCCGAAGCUGGAGUCAGUAGCUAAGAGUUUUCGUCAUAACUCGUCUCUGAAAAGCAUCACCAUCAUUAAUUGUGGAAGUCUUCAGUUCUUGAAUUUGUGGUCAGACCAAAACACAUGUGAUUCAUUAACGCAUUUUGACAACAGUAGUUGCAGUAGUGGCGUCACAUCUCUUCUUGAGGAAUUGUCUGUUAAGAAUUGUCCAUCCCUCGAAUCCUUAACAUCAAGCGGGGAAUUACCUACCACACUUCAACGCCUCGAAAUUUACGAUUGUCCGAAGCUGGAGCCAGUAGCUAAGAGUUUUCAUCAUAACUCGUUUCUUACAAAGACGCUUAUAAGAGAGAAUUGUUCGAGCAUUUUAUCAUUUCCCAAAGAAGGUUUUCUCACAAACCUAACAAUACUUGGCAUCUCUCAUCUUAAAUUCACAGAAGCCUUGUUCGAUUGGGGGCUGGACAACCUCACUUUUCUUAAUAAACUUCAUCUUGGUGGAUGUCAGCAUCUGGAGUCUUUUCCAAAUAUGAAGUUGCCUGCCUCUCUAACAAGGCUCUGGAUCUCAGAUUUUUCGAAUCUGGAACGUCUUUCCGAGGGCUUAAGAAAACUCACCUCUCUUGAAAAACUGUUGAUCAAUGACUGCGAAAACCUCACGUAUUUUCCAGAGGUUGGCCUACCUCCCUCACUCCUAAGCCUUUGGAUCUCUAAUUGCCAAAAGUUGAGGUCCUUUCCUAAGAAUGGCCUACCUCCCUCACUCCAGAAACUUAAAAUCAAUGGAUGUCCUCUGCUGGAAGAACGCUACAAGAAAGAUCAGGAAGGAGAGUUGCGCAAGAUAGCUGACAUCCCUUGUGUUGAAAUUCGGGCCGAAAGCAUCUUUUUCAAAGAUGAUUUGAAUCUUGAAUUUUGGUAUUGAAGAGAUCUCAUCGCUCCUAUUGCUUGCUGCAACUCUGGUUGAUCGUCGAUUGUAUGACAUGGGUAAAGAUGAAGAAGGGGAAGGAGUUCUGCCAAUGUAAUAUCCUUGGGAACGAACUUAAUUGGGGUGAGGAAUAUGAUUCUCAAGAAUGUUUUUACAUCCAUAGAAGGCUGAUGAAUCUUUAUUUGUUCAAUACUUGCUGAUGGUUCAAAAGACUGAUGCAAGCUGUUGCAACUUCCGACUGCUAUCUGAAAAAUGGAUGUGCAAGUUGAAGGAGGACAAGAAGUUGUAAACCAAGCAGCGAAUGAUCAUGGAUUCUUUUUCUGCCUAAACACACUUCUAAAAUUGCAGCAGCAAGUUGUUGGCAUGCCAAGUCUUUCUUCAUGUUUUUGGAUCCCCCCCAAUGCUUGUAAGAGCUGUCAAGGAGAUCAACUCAUCUCAUCUCACAAUCCAAAAUGAGGCCAGACAAAUGUACAUCUCAAGCUGUGAAGAGCUCAAGUCCUUUCUAGAAAAUGGCAUGCCACCCUUGGUCCUGCAACUUUCUAUCUCUUAAGUGCCAAACGCUCGUGUAAUUUUCAAAGAAUAGCCUACCUCCGAUACUUGGACAACUUUAUAUCUAUGCAGGCCCUAUGCUGAAAGAAUGCUGCAAAAAAUAUCGAGGAAGGUAGUGGUUGAAGAUGGUUGAAAUCCCUUGUAUGAAAAUGAAUGGAAAAUCCAUUAAUGACUUAGAAACUGAGGAGUUAAGUUUUUUGGUCCUAAUCCAAGGUUGCGGUGGGAUUGGAGAUCGGACCCUCGUGUAACACUUAUCUCCUGUUGGUGCUAGAUCUGGCUGGUAUUUGUAGAAACACAAACCAUGGAGUGAAAUGCAGUAGAUUCCAAACCUA